AAAGUCUAAACCAUUGAUUUUUAUUUUUAUUUUUAUUUUUUUUGUCUCCCAGAAAUGCAAACGGUGAUACGUGAUUUACAGAGGCUUUAAGGUUCAGUAAUUUGUCAUCUGGGUUUGUUUCUUUUUUCUUACCCUUUUGGAGUUCUUCAAAGCUGGAAAGGAUUUGAAAGAAGUUGAGAAAGCAAAGUCCUUUGCUUCUUCUUCUUCCUCUUGGGUCUUGAAUCCCUUCUUUGCCUUAGAUUCAGCUUCAUUUUUGUCCCUUUCUUUCAGCUAAACUGUCCACCCUCUGGCAAUAAUUGUCUCAAGCUUACAUCUGGUUGGCACAAGAAGAAUUGUUGCUUUUGACAUGAUAUGAGUGAGAUUUAGAAGUUGUGGGUUGAGACUCUUUUGCUAUUAAUUAUAGUAAAGAAAUGGAUCAAAAGGACGGUGAGAAUUGGAGACAAAUGGUCAGGAAGAUGCUUCCACCUGGUGCCUCUCUACCAGAGGAUUCAUCUGAGCUUGACUAUUCUAUAGCUCUGGAGUAUCAGGGUCCUCCAGUCCCUUAUGAGGUGCCGAGAGUCGAGCCUGUUGAUGUAAAUUCUUCUGGGAUUCCUACAGCAGAGCCACUGUCAGAGUCACAAAGAUCAGUUGCUGGUUCAGGUCCCCCAGUGAUUGAACCAAUUCUCCUGCCUGUGUCUUGUAUUGCUGGUGUCGCGAGUCCACCUGCUCAGAGUCCUAGGGUUUCAGCAAGCUCAGAGUCAGUAGUGUCUGUAUUGCAAAACCCUAACUUUUCUUCAGCUUCCCCAUCAGCUUCUCCUGCAUCUGUGCGAAAUCCUCCUAGUCAUCUUCCAAAACAAGUUGUUAUUAAUGAAGGAAGGAGAGUGCCAGUUGUUACAUUUAAUACUGUUGAUAGAUCAGAAAGGAAAGAGGUUGAUGUAGAGAAACCAGUUUAUCCGGAGUAUGUUGAGGUUUCAAAAGAAACGAGGAAGAAGAAAAAUAGAAGAAUCUGUUAUCGGUGUGGUAAGGGAAAAUGGGAAACCAAGGAAUCAUGUCUGGUUUGUGAUGCUAAGUAUUGCAGCAAUUGUGUGCUUAGGGCAAUGGGUUCCAUGCCUGAAGGGCGCAAGUGUGUAACAUGUAUUGGUCACCCAAUUGAUGAGUCAAAGAGGUUGAAAUUGGGUAAACAUUCAAGGUUAUUGUCCCGAUUGCUCAGUCCUUUGGAAGUAAAGCAGAUUAUGAAAGCAGAAAAGGAAUGUUCUGCUAAUCAGCUUCGACCAGAGCAACUAAUUGUAAAUGGUCUUCCUCUGAAGCCAGAAGAAAUGGCUGAGUUGCUUGGGUGUCCUUUGCCUCCAAGCAAGUUGAAGCCUGGCCAGUAUUGGUAUGACAAGGAAUCUGGGCUUUGGGGAAAGGAGGGGGAAAAACCAGAUAGAAUUAUUAGUUCAAACUUAAAUUUUACUGGGAAGCUUAGCCCUUAUGCUAGCAAUGGGAACACUGAAGUUUAUAUCAAUGGACGUGAGAUUACAAAACUUGAGUUGAGGAUGCUGAGAUUGGCAAAUGUUCAAUGUCCACGAGACACUCAUUUUUGGGUUUAUGAUGAUGGCCGUUAUGAAGAAGAGGGUCAGAAUAACAUCAGGGGAAACAUCUGGGAGAAGGCAUCAACACGGUUAGUCUGUACCCUGUUCUCUUUGCCUGUGCUCCAUGGUCAGCCUCGUGGAGUAAGAGAUGAGACCAGCAAUUACACCACCGUUCCUAAUUAUCUAGAACAGAAAAGGAUACAGAGGCUCCUACUACUGGGGCUUCAAGGCUCUGGAACCAGCACAAUAUUCAAGCAGGCCAAAUUUCAGUAUGGGAAUAGUUUUACCCCAGAGGAACUGCAGGAUAUUAAGUUGAUGAUUCAGAGCAAUAUGUAUAGAUACCUUAGCAUAUUGCUUGAUGGACGGGAGCGGUUUGAGGAGGAGUUCAUGUCUAGAAUGAAAGAAUCAGGCUCCCAUGAUCAAAAUUCCAAAGCAGGUGGAGAAGCUGACCCCAGUGAAACUAAUCAGUGUAUUUAUUCCAUAAACCCGCGGUUAAAACAUUUCUCUGAUUGGCUGCUGGACAUUAUAGCCACGGGAGAUUUGGAUGCAUUUUUCCCUGCAGCAACACGUGAAUAUGCACCAUUAGUUGAAGAGGUAUGGAGAGAUCCAGCCAUACAGCAUACAUACAGAAGGAAAGAUGAGCUUCACUUUCUUCCAGAUGUGGCAGAGUACUUCCUUAGCCGGGCAGUUGAAGUGUCAAGCAAUGAAUAUGAGCCUACAGAACGUGACAUUCUUUAUGCAGAAGGGGUCACCCAAGGAAAUGGUUUGGCUUUCAUAGAAUUUUCACUUGAUGAUCGUAGCCCAAUGUCUGAAACCUACACUGACAAUCUAGAAGCUCCACCCCCGCCUCUGACCAAAUAUCAACUUAUAAGGGUAAAUGCAAAGGGGAUGAAUGAGGGGUGCAAGUGGGUUGAAAUGUUUGAAGAUGUGCGUGCUGUAAUCUUCUGUGUUGCCCUUAGUGAUUAUGAUCAAAUGAGCAUUACCCCAGAGGGUAGUGGCAGCGGAACACUAGUUCAGAAUAAGAUGAUUCAGAGCAAGGAACUAUUUGAGACAAUGAUCCGGCACCCUUGCUUUAGGGACACCCCUUUUGUUUUGAUACUCAACAAGUAUGACCUCUUUGAGGAGAAGGUCACUCGGGUGGCUUUAAAUGCUUGUGAGUGGUUCAGUGACUUCAGUCCAGUAGGGCCUCGCCACAACAAUCAGGCACUGGCUCAGCAGGCAUAUUACUAUGUGGCAAUGAAAUUCAAAGAUCUUUAUGCUUCACUCACAGGUCGGAAGCUUUUUGUGUGGCAAGCUAGGGCUAGGGACCGACUGACCAUUGAUGAGGCAUUUAAGUAUAUAAGGGAAAUUCUCAAGUGGGAUGAGGAGAGAGAAGAUAACUUGUACGUUGGUGGGGAGGAUUCAUUUUACAGCACGGAUAUAAGCUCCUCGCCAUUUGUGAGGCAGGAGUAACUUGCUUUCGUAAUUUGUCUGUAUUUUUCGUAGAGGAAAUUGUAAAGAUGUUCUGGUUGUGUCUCUGCUUAUGCAAAUAAAAUUUGCAAUUUUCA